AUGGCUCUGAAGGGCGUUAAAGUUUUGGAGCUUGUUGGUCUUGCACCAGUGCCCUUUUGCGGCCAAAUUUUGCGAGACUUUGGAGCCAAAGUGCUUCGUGUCGACAACAUACUAAAUCCUGUAAGCAGUCAUCUUCAAAUGUUCACUGCUGGAAAAGAUACGGUGAAAUUGAAUCUUAAAUCACCUUCCGGUGUGAAAAUUCUCCACCAGUUGGUCGGCGAACAGCACACUGAUGUGUUUCUUGAUCCCUUUCGACCGGGGGUACUUGAGCGCCUGGACUUGGGUCCUGAGAAGUUAACAAAACUGAAUCCAAAGCUAGUUUACGCAAGAAUUAGCGCUUUCGGUCAAACAGGGCCACUGAAAGCAUCUGCCGGUCAUGACAUUAAUUUCGUUGCGCUAAGUGGUGCCCUCAGUCGAAUCGGGCCGCCCGGAAAGCCGCCAAUUCCCCCGAUUAACUUACUAGCCGACUUUGCCGGUGGAUCAGUGCUCUGUGCCCUGGGCAUCAUGAUGGCGCUGUUUGAGCGAAAUAAAAGUGGCCUUGGUCAGGUGAUUGACCACUCUAUGACCGAAGGGACCGCCUAUCUGAGUACCUUUCUCUGGGAGACCUAUCAAAGACAGCCGGAGUUGUUUUGGCCCAACUUUCCGCAACGAGCUUCAAACAUGCUCGAUGGCGGUGCUCCGUGGUAUCGUUGUUAUGAGACUUCCGAUGCAAAGUACAUGGCCGUCGGUGCACUCGAGGAGAAGUUUUAUCAGCGAUUUCUUGAAGCGAUAGGCUUUGAGGAUCCCAGUGAUGAGUUUCACCAAUUUGGCAUAGAGAAGUGGCCUCAGUUUACCGAAAAGAUUGCCGCCAUCAUGAAGACCAAGACACGAGACCAGUGGACGGAGAUCUUCACUGAAGUGGACGCCUGUGUAACACCGGUGCUGGAGAUUACCGAAACGGCGCAGGCGAAGCUGCACCGCUCGCGAAACGCCUUCAACGCCCAAAGUGGAGUGCCCAAUCCGGCGCCAAAGCUGUCGAGAACGCCUGCUGAGCGGCCACCGGUAGUUGCCACUGAGACGGUGACUAGAACAGUUCUCACUGAGCUGGGCUACAGCGCAGAGUCUAUUCAAAGUCUGAUGGAUGAAGGUGUGGUGGACGAUCCAGAUGCUGAAGACUAA